AUGCCUCCGAAAGUGAAAGCGGACAGCGCGAAGACACCGUCGCUGAAACGGCUCAAGGCUCAGUUGAAGGACACGCAAUCAACUCUUGGCGACAUUGAGAAGUUCAUCAAGGAGUUCAAGGACACCGCUACGGCCAGCGAUGUCAGCGUUCGGUUGGAAGUUAUCAAUGACAUCUAUGAAACUUUUUGCGAAACCCUCAUUGAUAUCACUUCUCACGACGAUUUCUUUGAUGCGGAAGAUUUUUACGAGUCUGACCGAAUGGCUUUCAACUUGAGCUACAUGGAGGCCAAAUCGUUCCUUCUGGAGAGGCUUAGGGAGCGCGAAGACCACACGUCGGAUCAGUCUAACGUUACGCUAGGCUGCGAGAACUUGAACCAUGUGCAGUUACCGCAGAUCCAACUGCGGACAUUCACCGGAGAUGACGACGAUUGGGUUAGCUUCCGAGAUUUGUUUACGUCGCUCAUCCACUGGCGGAACGACCUGUCCGGUGUGGAAAAGCUACAGUACCUGAGGGGUUGUUUGUUUGGCAAACCUGCGACGAUGGUAGACAAGUACAAGAUGAGCAACGCGGACUACCAGUUAGCUUGGGAAGAUUUGCUGAACUAUUAUAACAACAGCAAGCAAAUGAGGAAGCGUCAGAUUCAGCAUCUCUUCGAACUGCCAGCCAUGUCCAAAGAAUCUUCUGGGGAGUUGCGCGAUCUCAUCCAAGGAUUUGAGAAGGUUGUCCAAUCCUUGGACCAGAUUGUACAACCAGGUGACUACAAGGACUUGCUUCUGGUGCACAUGCUGACGGAUCGUCUUGACCCUGUAUCACGGCGAGGCUGGGAGGAGCACUCGUCUACCAAGGAGCAGGACACGGUUAAGGACAUGCUGGAGUUCUUGCAGCGGCGUAGUCGUGUGCUCGAGUCGUUGCCGCCGAAGUCAACUAACGCAAAGAGUACAUCCCAGCAACCACAUCAACAACCGAAGUCGAAACCGUCGGUGAUCAGGACUAACUACAGUACCGCUCAAGCGUCAGGAGAACGCUGCCCAGCGUGCACGGGAACACAUCUUCUUCACAGAUGCUCGGUGUUCCAGAGGAUGACGGUUUCGGACAGGGAGUCUCUGCUGCGCACGCAUUCGCUGUGUCGCAAUUGUCUCAAACCUGGACAUCUGGCGAGGGGUUGCCAGUCGAAGUACUCUUGCCAGAACUGUAAAGCGCGACACCACACACUUCUCUGUUUCCGCCCUCGGAAGGAUCAGGUGAAGGUCGCAUCAACUACCAGACGGGAGAAUGCUCCCAGGGAAGAACCUCAAGCUGUCGUCGUUGUUGAGGAUGACAACGGGAAUCGGCUUCCAGCGCGGGCUCUGCUCGACUCGGGUUCGGAGAGCAACUUUAUGUCGGAACGAUUAAGCCAGCGACUACGGGUUAAAAGGAACAAGGUGGACAUCUCGGUGUCCGGAAUUGGACAAGCAGUCUCAAGAGUAAAGCAGCAGAUUCAAGCCACGGUUACGGUCAAUUUACCAACGUCGGCCAUAAACACUACUGGUUGGACCAUACCAGAUGGUGUCGUACUGGCGGAUCCGACGUUUUCGAUGUCCAACGGUGUGGACAUGGUACUUGGGAUCGAGCAUUUUUUUGACUUCUUCGCAAGCGGUCAGAAAAUCUCACUGGGAGAACAGCUGCCAGCCCUGAACGAGUCGGUUUUCGGAUGGGUGGUAUGCGGCGGUUGCGCAGACUCACGGGAGUCUCCAAGGAUUAACUGCAACGUGUCGGCGUUGGAAAAGCUGGAUGCUUUGGUGGCCCGAUUUUGGUCCUGCGAGGAGGUCGAGUCAGCAGCCAGUAACUACUCGCCAGAGGAAGCACGCUGCGAAGCUCUGUACGCACAGUCGGUUCAACGUGGUACAGACGGACGGUAUUCGGUUGCUCUACCGAAAGCUGAAGACGCUCUGUCACGGUUAGGCGAGUCCAAGGACAUCGCCGUAAGACGUCUUCACGGCACGGAACGGAGACUGGCCAGGGACGAUCAUCUCCGGGAACAAUACGGCGCUUUCAUGCACGAAUAUGAGCAGUUAGGACACAUGACGAAGGUCACGGACACGGGCUCCGCCAAACGGUGCUACCUGCCCCAUCACCCAGUGGUCAGGGAGGCUAGCACAACCACCAAGGUACGCGUGGUGUUCGACGCGAGCUGUAAGACUUCUUCUGGUGUGUCGCUCAAUGAGGUUCUGCUGUGUGGACCAGUAACCCAGCAGGACUUGAGGUCGAUAAUCUACCGUUGUCGCGUGAAGCAGAUCAUGUUGGUUGCGGACGUCGAAAAGAUGUUCCGGCAGAUCGGAAUCUGUCCGGAGGACCGUUUGUUGCAAUGCGUUAUAUGGCGUCCAACGCCCACCGAGGCGAUCUCCACGUACGAACUCAACACCGUUACGUACGGUACGAAGCCAGCUCCGUUUUUGGCAACACGGACGUUGAAACAGCUGGCCAUGGAUGAAAAGGAACGGUUUCCGCUCGCAGCCAAGGUCGCCUGCGAAGAUAUCUAUAUGGACGAUGUGAUCACCGGAACCAACAACUUGGACUCGGCGAUCGACCUGCGAAACCAGCUGGACAAGAUGACGGUCAGUUGUGGUUUCCGUCUGCGGAAAUGGGCAUGCAAUCGUGCUGAAGUUCUGUAUGGUGUGGAGGAGGAUAACUUGGCGAUUCCCUGCGCCGAUGGUAUCAACCUGGAUCGAGAUCCUUCGGUGAAGACGCUCGGGUUGACAUGGUUUCCAUCUACAGACGAAUUCCUGCUCAAGUUCACCAUCCCAGAGACGGGCCCUGAUGAACCACUCACCAAGCGAACCGUUCUUUCCAAAAUUGCGUCGAUUUUCGAUCCCCACGGUUGGUUUGGCGCAACGGUUACAACGGCAAAGGUGUUCAUGCAGCAGUUGUGGACGCCGGGCAUCGAUGGCAAGCGUCUGGAAUGGGAUCAGCCAUUGCCUUCGAUGAUGGGUGAGAACUGGCGGAAAUUCGAGGAGCAAUUACCGGUUCUCAGUUCGGUUCGGUUUGCAAGAUGUGUCGUCAUCCCUAACGCAACGUCGGUUCAGCUGCAUUGCUUCUCAGACGCGUCCACCAAGGCCUACGGUGGUUGUGUUUACGUUCGUAGCGAGAACGCAAAGGGAGAAGUUAUGGUUCAUCUGUUGGCCUCAAAGUCGCGGGUGGCCCCGCUCAAGGUUCAGACGAUUCCGAGACUGGAGCUCUGCGGAGCGGUCUUGGUUGCGCAGCUGUUCAAGGUUCUACGAGAAGCGCUCGACAUUCCAGUGGACGCAUAUUUCUGGACGGACUCCACGUGCGUACUCUGCUGGCUUGGAUCCAUCCCGACCACGUGGAACGUGUUUGUUGCAAACAGGGACAUCGUGGACAACGAGUUCUGGUGGUUUGGACCGGAUUGGCUGCGUUUGAGCCCAGAUCACUGGCCGAAUGCAGAAUCUACAGCUGAAGAUGAAAAUGCGGAAACGGAAAGACGUCGAUCGGUGACAGCAAACACUGGGUCGGUGGUACAGGAGUUCAACGAUCUUUAUUUUUCAAAAUUCUCUUCGUACCCGAAGCUGAUCCGUCAAACAGCUGUUUGGUUGCGGCUCAUGAAACUUCUCCGCACUCCCAGCUCGGACCGUACAUCCGGAUUUCUCACCACGGCGGAACUGAAGGAGGCAGAGAACGUGCUGAUUCGUCGGGUUCAGAUGGAAUCGUUCGCUGAGGAAAUUAAGGCACUAUCUGCAAGAAAAACGGUUGCUGUUAAAUCACCUCUUCGUUGGUACAACCCUUACCUAGACCAAGACAACAUUAUUCGAGUGGGUGGGCGGUUGCAACACUCUGACGAGCCCGAGGACGCCAAGCACCCUGCUGUUCUGCCUGCGCGCCAUCGCUUCACACGGUUGAUUUUGCAUUAUUAUCAUCUGGGGCUGCUGCACGCUGGACCACAGCUGCUGUUGGGAACAGUUCGGCUUCGAUUCUGGCCUUUGGGAGGACGGAGCGUGGCACGCACGAUCGUGCAUCAGUGUAAAACAUGCUUCAAGGCCAAACCUACGCCGGUGCGACAAUUCAUGGGCGAUCUGCCAGCGGUACGCGUCACGGUUGCGCGUCCGUUCUCGAAAACUGGCGUUGAUUACUUUGGCCCAGUGUUCGUUCGCCCCGGACCUCGGCGAACGGCGAUCAAGGCGUACGUGUGUCUGUUCGUGUGCCUGUGCACCAAGGCUGUGCACCUUGAACUCGUGUCGGACCUCUCCACGGAACGCUUUCUGCAGGCAUUGCAUCGGUUCACCUCGCGCAGAGGACCUGUCGCCGAGAUCUGGUCUGACAAUGGGACCAACUUUGUCGGAGCUCGGAACAGGCUGCACGAGUUGUUUACACUGCUGCGCGACAAACAGCACCAGGAGAAGGUCUUCAAGGACUGCGUCAACAACGAGAUUCACUGGUCGUUCAGUCCACCAAGCGGUCCACAUUUUGGUGGUUUAUGGGAGGCGGCCGUACGCUCAGCCAAGCACCACAUUCUGCGUGUCAUUGGAGACGAACCUAUCUCGAUCGAGGACAUGAACACGCUGCUCGUCCAAGUAGAAGGCUGCUUGAACUCGAGACCCAUCACGCCCAUGUCCGACGACCCCAACGAUCUCGAGCCGCUCACACCUGCCCAUUUUCUUGUUGGAACAUCGUUGAAGGCGCUACCGGACCGUGAUUUCACCAAUCUACCUGCAAACCGUCUCAAUCAUUACCAACAGAUCCAGCAGAAACAACAACUAUUUUGGAAUCGGUGGAAAAGGGAAUACCUGAGCCAGCUACAAGCUCGUACGAAACGUUGGCGGUCACCUGUGCAGAUAGAAGUCGGCAAGCUGGUCGUAAUCGUCGACGACAAUCUGCCACCCACGUGCUGGAAGCUAGCGAGGAUCAGCGAAGUCCAUCCAGGUGCUGAUGGUGUCGUGCGUGUGGUCACCCUCAAGACUGCGACGAAGCUGAUCAAAAGGCCAGUCGAGAAGAUUUGUUUACUUCCACUGGACGAAGAGGAGCACAAUGCCAAAAAAUCGAAAAUGCUGCGAUUUCUGGAUGGCUCGUCCAACGUGCUGGACUCGAGCUGGCGGCUGUGGGAGAAAGCGAGAGGUCAACGGUCAUCACCGAACAUCGCGAGGAUCGUGCCGCUGUAUCGAGAUUAG